GCGAUCAGUGGUUGCAAAACAACGCUGCAGGUGUUUUUCACCAUUUUGGCACCUUCAGAUUUUCACACGCGCACUCACUUAGCUCGUCGAAGGCCUGCUGCUAAUCCCAGAUAAGUCUGAUCCGGCGUUGCUGCCGAAAAAGACGAAUCUGGCGGUAUAAACACCGCGCUUACGCAAUGUCGUAGGUUCGUGAAGACGCCGAGUCUCAUUGAUCCAGCUGUGAAAGCAGGAACCAAACAGUCAUGGCUGGGCUGUCGGUCACUCUCACAAAGGACCGUACGUUUCCCGUCAACUUCACCUGCCAGAGAUGCUGUCAGCCUCUCCGACUCGACGCGUCUUUCUCGUCCAUCGACGAGCAAACCUUGUCUGAGCUUUCGGAGCCGAUGCUGAGUCAGUCGGACCCCGUCGAGCUAUGCGGUCCUUCACCAGCGGUCCACUACCGAGUCCCCGAGGAAGGCGUCUCACGUCGCGCGGUCGAACCUCUACGCUUCGUCGAGAGCGGCAACGGCUUCAUGUUGGUGGGCGAAAGCGCGGCCGUCGUGGACACGACCAUCAGCCACAGGCUAGACGUCGAGACGCGCUUGUUCGAGCUGAUGACGAAUCAGUCGGCGGUCGACUACCCCAUCUGCGAGGAGUGCACGGAUAACCUUCUGGACCAGAUGGAGAGACAGCUGGACCUGGCGGAAGACGAGUGCAAGGACUACAAGAAGUACCUCGAACAGCUCACAAACGGCGAGGAUGAAGUGGUCAACUUGGACGAUUUGGACGCCGAGUUCCGAAAGCUGGAACAGGAGGAACGCGAACUCCUGGAGGCCGUCGAGAAGAUCGAGAAGGAACGCGGCGAGGUCGCGAACGAGCGCAAGCAGCUCGCCGAUCGGCUGGAACGUCUGCGAGCCGACGAAGACCGCUACUGGCGCGAAUACUCGGAUCUGAACCGUCAGCUGAUGCAGUGCUCCGACGACCACGCCAGCGUCGAACGCCAACUCAAGUACUCGGAGAACAAGCUGAGUCAGCUGCACAAGACGAACGUGUUCAACGCGACCUUCCACAUCUGGCACAACGGACACUUCGGCACCAUCAACAAUUUCCGACUAGGUCGACUCCCCAACGUUCCCGUCGAGUGGUCCGAGAUCAACAUGGCGUGGGGUCAGACGGUGCUCCUGCUCCACUCGUUGGCCGAGAAGAUGGAGAUGACCUUCCUGAGGUACCGGCUGGUACCCUUCGGGAACCACUCGUACCUGAUGUGCCUGGAGGACCCGACCCGGGAACUGCCCCUGUACUUCGCCGGCGGCUUCAAGUUCCUGUGGGACACCAAGUUCGAUCACGCCAUGGUGGCGUUCCUCGACUGCCUGCAGCAGUUCAAGGAACAGGUGAGCAAGAUGGACUCCAACUUCUGCCUUCCCUACCGGAUAGACAAAGGCAAGAUCGAGGACAGCAACACAGGCCAGUCGUGCUCCAUCAAGAUCCAGUUCAACUCGGAAGAGCAGUGGACCAAGGCUCUCAAGUUCAUGCUCACAAAUCUCAAGUGGGGACUGGCCUGGGUCUCCGCCCACUUUGCUGCUCGCGAGGCAGGCAGCUGAUCUUAUCAAACUUGUGAUCAAACACGCUCGCGUGUACAGAUCCUGUAUAUACGGCCGAUGUGAUAUAAAACUGUGUAGUUCGCUGCGUA